UUAGACUAAAACGCUAUGGGUAGAUAGGAGCAACCGUAUAUUUCGAACCCCCACACACAGACACUGACAGUCCUUCCCUUACUCUUUUCUCUUGCCUUCCCUCGCUUCUCUUCCGCCGUGUCUCACACACGCCGCCGCCGCGUCUCACACAGUCCGCCGCCGCCGCCGCCGCCUCCACCCAUCUCCUAUUCUAGUGUUAGAUCUACUCUCUCUCUCUGCCUCACACUCCUCAAACUAUGGCAGCCUAGCCACCUUCUGCUGCCCCUUCCACUCUGGUGACCUCCCACCUACGAUUCCAACUCCGGCUAUAUCCUAUAAUUCAGCAGUGGUGUGAAUCAGCUUGUGUGUUGGAGUUUGAGGCUAUAAACUACUCUUGUAAAAGUCAGUUCAUAUUUCCUUUUCAUUGGUCCACUUGUGUUUUCUUGACUAUAUUCUCUAUUUUAACUUUUUAGAUUAUGAUUGCAUUGCGGAGAACGCUCUACCUAUGGUUGUGUUACUUAAAUUCUGUGAACUUUUCUGCACAACUCAACUCAAAACGUUACAAAUCCUUAACCCUUUUACGUCGUUGAGUAGAUUUUGUCACUUUGAAUCAAAACCGGGCUUCAAUUCUUGGGACCCAUCCUUGCCCUUGAGACCAAAAAUUACCAAAAACAAUGUUGCAAUUUUCUGGGAUUUGGACAAUAAACCUCCGAACUCGUUCCCACCAUACAACACUGCUGUCAAGCUAAAGGCAGCAAUGGCAUCUUUUGGGGUUGUUAGAUACAUGGUGGCAUAUGCGAAUCAUCACGCGUUUACCCAUGUUCCACAAGUUGUUAGGGAGCAAAGAAAAGAGAGGAAAAUAUUGAAUCAGUUGGAGAAUAGGGGUGUGAUUAAGACAGUUGAGCCGUAUCUUUGUCGGGUUUGUGGGAGGAAUUUUUAUUCAAAUGAGAAGUUUGUAAAUCAUUUUAAGCAAAUUCAUGAGCGUGAGCAGAUAAAAAGAUUGAAUCAGAUAGAGUCAGCUAGGGGGAAGAUGAGGGUGAAGUUAGUAGCUAAGUAUUCCAUGAAGAUGGAGAAGUAUAAGAAUGCUGUGAGGGAUGUUUUGACUCCGAAGGUGGGGUAUGGUUUGGCAGAUGAGUUAAAGCGGGCGGGGUUUUGGGUACGUACUGUGUCAAAUAAGCCACAAGCUGCAGAUGUUGCUUUGAAGAAUCAUAUGAUGGAUAUGAUGGAUAGGAGGAGAGUUGAGUGUAUGGUGCUUGUGUCAGAUGAUUCGGAUUUUGUGGAUGUUUUGAAGGAGGCGAAGUUGCGAUGUUUGAAGACGGUUGUUGUGGGGGAUAUGAAUGAUGGGGCUUUGAAGAGGGUUGCGGAUGCGGGGUUUUCUUGGAGUGAAAUUUUGAUGGGGAAGGCUAAGAAGGAGGCAGAAUCAGUCGUUGGGAAAUGGAAGGACCGUGACAUUUUGAAGAGAUUGGAGUGGACAUAUAACCCUGAGGUGGAGAAAAAGGUAAAUGAUCUUCAGGAUGAGGUUGUUGAGGAGACCCAAAAUGUGGAUUUUGAAGGAAAUGUUAGUGGGCUAGUUGAUGAUAAUAUAAAAGAGGAUGGCAAGUCUUGGUGGGAGCUGGAUUCUGAUGGUGAUGUUUCUUCACAAUCAUUGAAAAGAUUGGAUUGGACAUAAAACCUGGAGUUGAAGAAAAAUGUAUGUAGUUUUGAGGUUGAGGUUGCUGAGGAGACUGGGAAAGGGGAUUUUGAAGGUAUUGUUAGUUGGGUAGAUUACACCAUUACAUGCAAAAGGAAGACAGCAUUGCUUGGUCAGAUCUGGAUUCAAAUGUUGAUGUCAUUUCUUCACAAUCUUGUGGAUGACUGCUUGUAGUUUUGUAUCUUAGAGUUUGGUAUGUGGUAAAAUUAACUUAUCUUCUCUUGCCAAGAAUUAUCAAAUAAUGUACAAUUUUUGAAGAAUUGGAUUGCCUAUCAAAAAAAGAAAAAGAAUUGAAGAAUUAUAUCAUUGAUUUUUUUUUUUUUU